AUGUCUCACGAAUCAGAGCAAAUGCCCAACGUCAAGCUUGUACUUUUGGGCGAAAGUACAGUCGGCAAAACAUCAAUCGUUAACGUCGCUCACCGUGGUGAAUUUAUUGAAGAUCAAACAUCUACAAUUGGUGCAUGUUUUCAGAUUAAAAAGAUGAAGGUCGGCGAUGCUACUGUUAAAUUGCAUCUUUGGGAUACAGCUGGCCAGGAGCGUUUUAGAUCUCUUGCACCAAUGUAUUACCGUGAUGCUCAAUAUGCACUUCUUAUUUAUGCAAUUGAUAAUCAUGACAGUUUCGAUUCUAUUGAAACAUGGCAUAGUGGAUUAGUUGAAGACUGCUCCACUGUCCCACACAUCGUUCUUAUUGGCAACAAGACAGAUCUUGUUGAUAGCAGAACAGUAACAUACGAACAGGGCCAGGAACUUGCUCACAGACUUAACGCUCGCUUCUACGAAGUCUCAGCUAAAGCUGAUCAUGAGAGUAUCGUUAAAAUGUUCCAAGAUAUUGCGGAAGAAGCCUUUAGGGAAAUGAAGAAUGAUGAUAAUGAUAAUCCCAAACCAAAUCUUGUUGAAACCAAGCAAGGCAAUCAAAAGAAAUGUUGCUAA